GGCCACAGCCGCCCGCGGGGACCGCCCAUCCUGGGUGCGGUGUGGCUUAGUGCGGCAACCUGCAGAGCCCCGCUAGCUAAAAAAGUAAUUUCAGAUUGGACAAAUUCAGACCAAUAGGGAAGACAGACACAAACAAAUAAAAAAGAAAUCACAAUUCUGAGUGGUGGAGGAAACACAAUGCUUGGUGAAGAUCAGGAACCAAGGUCCUACUAUGUGGGUGUGGACGUUGGAACUGGCAGUGUCCGCGCGGCUCUGGUGGACCAGAAGGGCAUCCUUUUGGCUUUUGCAGACCAGCCAAUUUACAAGUGGGAGCCUCAGUUCAACCACCAUGAGCAGUCCUCUGAGGACAUCUGGACCGCGUGCUGUGUUGUCACAAAGAAAGUUGUACAAGGGAUCGAUUUAAACCAAAUUCGAGGGCUUGGAUUUGAUGCCACAUGUUCUCUGGUUGUUUUGGAUAAGCAGUUUCAACCUUUACCAGUAAACUUUGAAGGAGAUUCCCAUCGAAACAUCAUCAUGUGGCUGGACCACCGAGCAGUCAGUCAGGUCCACAGGAUCAACGAAACCAAGCAUAGUGUCCUGCAGUAUGUCGGGGGUGUGAUGUCUGUGGAAAUGCAGGCCCCGAAGCUCCUGUGGCUAAAGGAGAACUUGAGAGAGACUUGCUGGGAUAAGGCGGGACAUUUCUUUGAUCUCCCAGACUUCUUAUCGUGGAAGGCAACAGGUGUCACAGCACGGUCUCUCUGUUCUCUGGUGUGCAAAUGGACGUACUCAGCAGAGAGAGGCUGGGAUGACAGUUUCUGGAAGAUGAUUGGUUUGGAAGACUUUGUUGCAGAUAAUUACAGCAAAAUAGGAAACCAAGUGCUGCCUCCUGGAGCUUCUCUUGGAAAUGGGCUCACACCAGAGGCUGCGAAAGACCUUGGCCUUCCUCCUGGAAUUGCAGUAGCAGCCUCACUUAUAGAUGCCCAUGCAGGAGGACUAGGAGUGAUUGGAGCAGAUGUGAGGGGGCACGGCCUCGCCUGUGAGGGACAGCCAGUGACGUCACGGUUGGCUGUCAUCUGUGGAACAUCUUCUUGUCACAUGGGGAUCAGCAAAGACCCAAUUUUUGUACCAGGCGUCUGGGGCCCUUAUUUCUCAGCUAUGGUUCCUGGGUUCUGGCUGAAUGAAGGUGGGCAGAGUGUUACUGGAAAAUUGAUAGACCACAUGGUGCAGGGCCAUGCUGCCUUUCCUGAACUACAAGCCAAGGCCACAGCCAGAUGCCAGAGUGUAUAUGCAUAUUUGAACAGUCACCUGGAUCUAAUUAAGAAGGCUCAGCCUGUGGGUUUCCUCACUGUUGAUUUACAUGUUUGGCCAGAUUUCCAUGGCAACCGGUCUCCCUUAGCAGAUCUGACACUAAAGGGCAUGGUCACCGGAUUGAAACUGUCUCAGGACCUCGAUGAUCUCGCCAUUCUCUACCUGGCCGCAGUUCAAGCCAUUGCUUUUGGAACUCGCCUCAUUAUAGAAGCCAUGCAGGGAGCAGGGCACUCAAUCAGCACUCUUUUCCUGUGUGGAGGCCUGAGCAAGAAUCCCCUUUUUGUGCAAAUGCAUGCAGACAUUACUGGCAUGCCUGUCGUCCUGUCGCAAGAGGUGGAGUCUGUUCUUGUGGGCGCUGCUAUUCUGGGUGCCUGUGCCUCGGGGGAUUUCGCUUCUGUACAGGAGGCAAUGGCAAGAAUGAGCAAAGUUGGGAAAGUUGUGUUUCCCAGACUUGAGGAUAAAAGAUAUUAUGACAAGAAAUAUCAAGUAUUCCUGAAGCUGGUUGAACACCAGAAGGAGUAUGCAGCAAUCAUGAAAGGGGACUGACAAAGCUUACAGGUCCAAUGCCAGAAGGUUCUGAGUUAUUGCAUCAGGGACUCUGUCAUUUCAUCUUAUAUUCAAGACCCUUUAGGUAUCAUUUUAUCAUUUCUGUAUUGUCUUUUAAUAAAGAAACAAAGACAUGUGUAACUAGAACUAGAGGCCUCCAUUUCAACAUACUACCAUUUCAAAAUAACAAAACAUGAUGGCUAAAAGCCAUCAGGUGGCAGUUUCCACAGGCCCUAUCAUGGAGACAGACAUCUCACAUGGGAUCUCCGAUGGGACUUGACCUUGGGGAUCAUUCAGUCCAGGAGAAACUUAUAUUUGUUAAUUGAUUCAAGGUCAUCCAUUAAAUGAAAGGCUUAUAGUGAUUUAGGUAGGACAUCUAAUGUUUAUUCUAUAGGGACUAAAAGCUUGUUGUUAGCUUUUCAUUUGAAAAUACUUUCAAACUUACAGAAAAGAUACAAGAAUAGGAAUUAUACAAAGAACACUCCAGUAUCUAACUUUUACCUUUUAGCAUUUACCUCAUUUGCUUUAUUAUAUUUGUACAUUCUCCAUGUGUAUGUAAGUAUAUACACAUAAAUUUUUAUGAGUCCUUUGAGGGUAAAUUUCAGUAGACUUAACUUUUAUAUAGCACUUUUAUUUAAGCUGCCGUUCAUAUUCCGGUUUUGUCAGUAACUCAAUAACAUCCUUUAUGGUGUUUUUUUUCUUCUUCCUGUACAGGAUACAGUCUAGAAUCAGAUAUUGCAUUUAAUUGCAAAAUUGUCAUCUUGCAGUCAUCAUAUUAAAGAUAGGUACAGGCAGGAAUCAUCAAUGGAUCCAAGAGAGAAUUUUGAUGAGUAAUAGGAUGUAUGCAUGCAUGUUCUUAAAAUGUUUCUUAGUUACAGGAGGAAAAAGAAUGUUAACUAUACAGGGAAGAAAUAGGACAACACCUUCUUGGGUGAUCGAAAUUAACUUCAGGUGGGCAGAUGGACAUCAUGUGCCUCCAGAUGUGAUAGCCUGAGAAGGACACAGCAUCAUUCUGGCUGGAGAUAUAUAACCUGAAUCUAAGCUAAAGAAACAUCAGACAAACUCAAAAUGGGCAGCAUUCUAUUUUUUUUAAUGAAUUAUAUAUUCUUCAAAAAUGUCUAUGUUAUAAAGAAAAUGCAAGGCUAUGGAAAGUUUCCAGAUUAAAGGAAACUAAUGAAA